AUAUUUUGGUGCUCGCAAAAAGAUGACACGUAUUUCUCAGUAUUGUAUAAAUAUCAAUAGAAUCUUAUUGAUUGCUGUUGGCUUAUGGCCUUACAAACAAUCUAAAUUGACUCGAUUUCAGUGUAUUUUCUUUUGUGUUAUUUUAUCAUCGGGUAUUAUAUUUCAGGUGACACCAUUAAUAACAUUAAAAUGUACUAUGGAACUUGUUAUCAAGGUGCUGUCUUCCGUAUCGUUCUGUUUAAUUUUUCUAAUACAAUAUAAUACUUGCUGUCUUAAAAUUGAACUUGUAAAAAAUUUACUAAUGCAACUUGAACAUAUACAUAAUAAGUUAACGGAUAAAAACGAAAUUGCUAUUGUAUACAAAUAUAGCGGCAUUGGCCAACGCUAUACGGUUAUGUUUACAGCACUUGCAAUUGGUGGAUUAUUUAUUAUUACUAUAAGCCAAAUUUGGUUAAUUGCUGCUGUUGAUUCAUCAAUAAAUGCAUCUGAAUCACAUUAUGUCUUUAUUAUGGAAUAUUUUAUUGACCAAGAAAAAUAUUUUUAUUUGGUUCUAUUGCACACUUACGUAGUAAUAUGCGUGGGAGUGAUUGUAAUAGUGACAACAAGUACAAUGGUCAUUACAUACGUUGAACAUACCUGUGGAAUGUUUAAAAUUGCUAGCUAUCGUAUCGAGCAUGCAGUACACAUGAGUAUUCAAAAUACGCUACAAAAUAAGAUUUUGAUGACUAAAGGCAUAAUUUGUGCCGUAGACAUUCAUCGACAGGCUAUGAAAAUGAGUGAGCAUUUCGUAGCCUUGUUUGAAAAAUGUAUAUUUGUUCUUACGGGAUGUUCACUAAUGUGCUUUACGCUCAACUUGUUUCAACUUUCUCAAACAACAUCAUUUACAAAUAAUUACAAUAAAUUGUUCCUGCCAUCUAUGUAUGCAAUUAUAAGCGUCUUAUACAUGCUUAUAGCCAAUUAUAUCGGACAGAGUGUAAUCGAUCAUAAUAAUGACCUAUUCGUUACUGUAUACAACGUUCAAUGGUAUAAAUCCCCAUUAUAUGUACAACGAAUGAUACUAUUCCUACUGCAAAGAGGAACAAAAAAAUUUACUUUAAAUAUUUGUGGACUGUAUGAUGGAUCCAUAGAAUGGUUUGCCACGUUAAUGAAAGCAGCAGUAUCUUAUUUUACUCUCAUGCAUUCUGUACAGUCAUAGAAUAAAUACAAAUUUAUUAACACUAUGUGUGGACAGAAUUAAUAGAAGGAUUAAUAUUUAAGGUUAGAAAAUAGAUAAAUUUAUACUUUAAACAUAAAAAUAAAUAUAUCAAAUACUGUCUUGCUAAAAAAGACUAAAUUAAAAUAUUGGUAUUUCAGAUUUUACAAUGCAUCGAAAUCGGUCAUUGUGUUAGUUGCAACUCAAAUAUAAACAGCAUGCUUACAUAUUUUAUAAUUUAAGAUUUUUCCCAUAAAUACUUUAUUAUUAACACAAUAAAUAUUACUCUUCAUUAA